CUGGAGGCCAACAGUUCGACACGAGAGCUCAGCGAGUGCGGACGCGUGCAACGGAUGGAACACAGCGAGAAAUCAUAAAACGAAAACGAACUGAAAGUUUGAAAAAUAGUAAACACAACACAAACACACACACACACAAUAAAUGUGAAAAAGGUGAAAAGUGACAACAAAUCUGAUAAAUACAAUCGUAUUGUGUGAAAGUUUUUCUAUAAUUGGCAAUAGAGGGGAUUGCCAUAUGCGUUUUGGUGGCCAACACAAGGAGCCACAGAAAUUAAGCGGAAAUCAUCCAGCCGAAAAAUCUUAACCUCCCCUCCUCCUUCGAGUCCAAUUUGCUAAGCAAUAUGCCAGAAAUCAUUGAGCUGAAUGUUGGCGGUGUCAACUAUACGACAACACUGGCCACUCUGCUACAGGAUAAGACAACGCUGCUUCACGAACUCUUCGCCGAGGCCACGGGACGCGAUGCCUUGGCCAAGGAUAGCAAGGGCCGCUACUUCCUGGAUCGGGAUGGUGUACUCUUCCGUUACAUUCUGGACUUUUUGCGUGACAAGGCCCUGAAUUUACCAGAAGGUUUUCGGGAACGUCAGCGCUUAUUACGGGAAGCGGAGCACUUCAAGCUGACGGCAAUGCUGGACUCUAUAAAGGGCGAACGGGAUGCCCGGCCUCCGGGCUGUAUUACAAUUGGCUAUCGGGGCAGCUUUCAGUUUGGCAAGGAUGGAUUGGCCGAUGUUAAAUUUAGAAAACUAUCACGUAUCCUUGUGUGCGGCCGUGUGGCCCAGUGUCGUGAAGUUUUCGGUGACACACUGAAUGAGUCCAGGGAUCCGGAUCAUGGUGGUCCAGAUCGUUAUACCUCGCGUUUUUUCCUCAAGCACUGUUUCAUCGAGCAAGCCUUUGAUCAUCUGCAUGACCAUGGCUAUCGUAUGGCCGGUAGCUGUGGAUCCGGAACCGCUGGCUCGGCGGCAGAGCCAAAGCCUGGUGUGGACACUGAGGAGAAUCGAUGGAAUCAUUACAAUGAGUUUGUCUUUAUACGGGACUAAAUCAGGCGAGAGAUUCGCUCUCUAACACACACACACACGCAAACAAAGAAACACACACUCCUUGUAUGUCUCCCACCACUUCACUUUAUCUGUUAUUUGUGGAUUCUGUUUUAAACAAAAUCAAAGCAUCAAAGGAUAGCAAGAACAGCAACAGCAACAGCAUUUGCCAUCUGGCAUCGAUAUCCUGGCAUCGACCUUGGCAUAAUGUGGUCUCAAGUUGGCUGACGGAAAUGGCAGCCAAAAAAACGGGAACUCAAACUCAUUUAAUGUGUCUCAACCCACCUUUCCACUUACAAAUGGGAACAUUUUCAAUGUACAACUGAUCCAACUAUAAAUGGAAGAAAAAAAACAACACAAACAAAAAUUCAGUAUUACAAUUAUUAUUU